AAGCGGACCGAAAAAAAACACGCCAAAACAAAUGAGAGAUUUCCGUUUUAUUUACACGCAGUACAUCAGUGCUAUGUGGUUGUUUAUAUGAUCAGCACACAGACGCUUCUGAGCGUGACUGUAGAGUUUUUAUUUUUUUCCCUACUUUGCUCCUCCUGUCUUUAAAGCGGGCUGCUUAUACCUCUUGCUCCAAGUCGUUGAAGGUUGAAGGCUACUGUUCGUCUGCAUUUACAAAGGAACCCCCAGGAGCUAUCUCUCCUCCACCAUGACCGAACGAUUCGACUGCUUCUACUGCCGUGACAACCUGCACGGCAAGAAGUACGUGCAGAAGGACGAGAAGCACGUGUGCACCAAGUGCUUUGACAAGAUCUGCGCCAACACGUGCGUGGAAUGCCGACGCCCUAUCGGGGCCGACGCCAAGGAGCUCACCCACAAGAACCGCUACUGGCACGAGGACUGCUUCCGCUGCGCCAAGUGCUACGCCCCGCUGGCCAGCGAGCCCUUCAACGCUCGGGACGACGGCAAGAUCAUGUGCGGCAAGUGCGGCUCCCGCGAGGAUGGCAACCGUUGCCAGGGUUGCUACAAAGUGGUCCUGCCAGGAUCCCAGAACGUGGAGUACAAGAAGAAGGUGUGGCAUGAGGACUGCUUCAAGUGCUUCGAGUGCAAGCUGCCCAUCCGCGCGCAGAGCUUCCUGAACAAGGGCGACGACAUCUACUGCGCCCCCUGCCACGACAAGAAGUUCUCCAAGAAAUGCUUCCAUUGCAAGCAGCCAAUCACCACCGGGGGCAUCAGCUACCAGGACCAGCCCUGGCACUCUGAGUGCUUCGUGUGCCGUACCUGCCGCAAGCCCCUGGCCGGGGCGCGCUUCACCGCCCACGAGAACGACAUCUUCUGCGUGGACUGCUACAAGACCGACGUGGCCAAGAAGUGUCACGGCUGCAAGAACCCCAUCACAGGGUUUGGCCAUGGCACCAACGUGGUGAACUACGAAGGCUUCUCCUGGCACGAGUACUGCUUCAACUGCAAGAAGUGCUGCCUCAGCAUGGCCAACAAGCGCUUCGUGCUCAACGGAGAACAUAUCUACUGCCCCGACUGCGCUAAGAAGCUGUGAGCGGCAGGAAAAGGAAACGCUCCACUGAGGUCCAGAGGAAAGAUCAGGCAGAGGGAAAGUGUGUUCAAGUGGAAGUACAGCUUUUCCUAGAAAUUAUUUUCAAUGCUAUUGCAAUUUUAACGUUAAAAAUGCUUGUAUACGUCUUUUCCACGGUAAUUGGUGAUAACAUCCACGCUGUAUGACAUUGGGAAGGGAUCAUGUAAAGGCUUCCUUUUAAGAUUGCAUGAACCGUUAGUAAGUAUGGCUUUGGGUUAAAGGGGUGAUAUUAUGGCACAAGAUGUGAUUGUGAUUAGCCAUUACAAGCCGUUUGAAUAUCGGCCAUUUCCAGAUUUUCAAAUGGCUAAUCACACUCGCACCUGUUGGCAUUUCCAGGGGCGUUGCGAGGUAG